UUCAUUUUCAGAUGGAAGUCAUGAACAAAGAAAAUAUCAUCGCCGAUGCGCCUUCUGAUGUCGUAAAAACCGUUCAACAGCAAGUUCACUUGAAUCAAGAUGAAUAUAAAUAUUUGAAGCAAGUUGAGCAAAUUUUGAGAGAAGGAACACGAAGAGAUGAUCGCACUGGGACUGGAACUAUUUCGAUUUUUGGAAUGCAAUCGAAAUACUGUUUGAGAAAUGGCACAAUUCCGUUGCUUACCACGAAACGUGUCUAUUGGAAGGGAGUUCUCGAGGAAUUACUUUGGUUUAUUUCUGGAUCGACCGAUGGAAAGCUUUUGAUGGAGAAAAAUGUGAAGAUUUGGGAGAAAAACGGCGAUCGCGCGUUCCUUGACAAUCUCGGAUUUACGUCUCGUGAAGAAGGAGAUCUUGGACCAGUUUAUGGAUUUCAAUGGAGACACUUUGGGGCGAAAUAUGUGGAUUGUCAUACAGAUUACUCUGGACAAGGUGUUGAUCAGUUGGCUGAAGUUAUCCGACAGAUUAAGGAGCAACCGGAUAGUCGAAGAAUCAUUAUGUCCGCGUGGAAUCCGUCGGAUCUUGGACAAAUGGUUCUGCCACCGUGUCACACAAUGUGUCAGUUCUAUGUGGACAAUGGAGAGCUCUCGUGUCAGCUUUACCAACGAAGUGGAGAUAUGGGUCUCGGAGUUCCAUUCAACCUUGCCAGCUACGGCCUUCUCACCCACAUGAUUGCAAAAGUGUGUGGAUUGAAACCAGGAACCCUUGUUCAUACUCUCGGAGAUGCUCAUGUCUACUCAAAUCAUGUGGAUGCUCUCAAAAUUCAACUGGACCGUGAGCCAUACGCUUUCCCCAAAAUUCGAUUCACGCGAGACGUGGCCUCAAUCGAUGAUUUCACUUCUGAUAUGAUUGCCCUGGAUGACUACAAGUGUCAUCCAAAAAUCCCAAUGGAUAUGGCUGUUUGAUUUAUUUUGAUGUAACAUUUUAACACUCAUCUAAUUGUUUUCAGUUUUAUGAAAAUAAACAUUGCAAGGCUUCU